AUGGUGGUGAGAAAGUGGCAAUUAUUUUGUAUUUUCUUAUCUUUUCAAUCAAUAACUGUCUCGUCUAUUUUGUGUUGUGUCGGUGAUAAUACAUGUUUAGAAAAACCUAUUGAUUGUCCUUCGAAUGUUUGUUUCAAAUUAGUCUUCUUUAAAACAGCUGAAGAACGUGGUUGUAUGAACGAUUUAAUCAAAUAUAUGAAAUUUCCCAAGUCAGGAAGCGCAUCAGGUGAUGAUCAAUGCCAACAGUUAGAUGCGCAGAAUCCUGACAUGUCGUUAUGUAAAUGUACGAGUGACCUGUGUAACUCAUCAACCAAACACUUCGCAUACUUAGUUCCGGUUUUGAUUUCUCUCUUGUCUGUUGUUUUGAGUUUUCUUUAA